CCGUCAAAGUUCAGUCUGAGCAACAGACUGUGUUGCAAUAUUAUUAUCUCCAGAGUCACUGAAGCUGCCAGUGGUUCACUGCUCCCCCUGUGUCCCAGCACACUAUGGAUCUCUGGCAGAGUCUCCUCGCCUGCUUGUACUGGGCUGCUACAUGGUUCCUUAUUGGAUUGUUUGGUGUUGUCUUGGCUUACCUCUGCUACGUUCACUACAUCCACCUGAAGUUUGAUCACAUACCAGGUCCUCCCAGAGACAGCUUCCUCUUUGGACAUGGUCCCUCACUUCAAAGAUCAAUGGAAGAUUACAAACUGAUCCAUGACAAAUUCCUGGAAUGGAGUGAGAAAUAUGGACCGGUUGUUCGGCUGAAUGUUUUGCACCGUGUGUCAAUUAUUGUCACACACCCUGAGACAAUAAAGGAAUUCUUGAUGUCACCAAAAUAUCCCAAAGACCCUUACACAUAUGAUCUCCUCUUCAACCUUUUUGGUAAAAGGUUUUUAGGACGUGGUUUACUGACUGAUACCGAUCACAGACACUGGUACAUGCAGCGCAGGGUGAUGGAUCCCUCCUUCAGCCACUCGUAUCUGGUGGGGUUAAUGGAUGUAUUUAAUGAGAAGGCUGAACACCUCAUGGAGAAGUUGAGAGAUUUAUCUGAUGGUGAAACUCCAGUGGGAAUGCACAGCAAGCUGAACUGUGUGACACUUGAGGUCAUCACGACGGUCGCCUUUGGGAUGCAACUAAACUUAUUGGAUGGUGCUCGGUCUCCAUUUCCACACGCAAUUUCAAUGAUUCUGAAAGGUAUUUCCCACUAUGUUCAGAAUCCAUACAUGCAGUACCUGCCUCAGCACCGACCGUUUGUAAAGGAGGUGUGGGACUCCUUAGAGCUGCUGCGUAGCACGGGGAAACGGUGCAUAGAGGAGAGGAAAAGAGCUGUAAAGAAUGGAGAGGACGUGCCGAGAGACAUACUGUCAAACAUUCUCAAGAGUGCAGAACAAGAAGGGGAAUAUGACGAUGGCCUGAUGCUGGACAAUUUCAUUACUUUCUUCAUUGCAGGUCAAGAGACAACAGCCAACCUGAUUGCUUUUGUCAUCAUGGAGUUGACACGGCAACCUGAAAUAAGAACAAAGUUGCAAGCAGAAGUGGAUGAAGUUGUCGGGCUGAAGAGUGAUGUUACUGCUGAUGACAUUGGCCGAUUGCAGUAUAUGAAUCAGGUGAUAAAGGAGACUCUGAGGCUGUACCCCCCAGGACCAGGGACAAGUCGCUGGUUGUCACAGGAAAUGGUCAUUGAAGGAAUAAAGGUCCCUGGCGGGGUUUCUGUGAUUUUCAACACCUACAUCAUGGGCCGAAUGGCCAAAUUUUUUGAUGACCCUCUGACCUUUGACCCUGAGCGAUUCCAUCCGAAUGCUCCAAAACCCUACUACUGCUAUUUCCCGUUCACUUUAGGGCCGCGUUCCUGUCUUGGCCAGGUUUUUGCACAGAUGGAAGCAAAGGUGAUUUUGUCCAAAUUCCUGCAAAGGUUUGACUUCCGACAUGCUCCGGGCCAGACGUAUGAAAUUAUGGACACAGGAACUCUCCGACCGCGAGAUGGUGCAAUGUGCAUCUUGACACCGAGAUCCGAAUCUUCCAAAGGAUAAUGCAGCCCUUUCUCAGGAGACAACUGGGGGACAUAACCAGAUUGCUCACCUGCACUAAUCAAUUCCAAUAGACCGCGAGGAAGUUGUAAAUGGACUUGUGGUUUGUUGUGUGGAAUUAUUGAGUCCUGUAUCAGUUUUACUGAUUGAACCAUAAACAUAAACACAGAGAUCCUUCAGCCCAUCAUGUCUGCAUUAUUCCUAGCAAACUAUUCCUCUGUUCCCACUCUCCUGACCUUUCCCCCAUUGCAUGGUAAUUUUAUUCAAAGUAUUUCUCCAAUUCCUUUGUGCAAGUUGCAACCAAAUCUGCUCCCAACACUCUUUCAGGUGGCACCUUCCAUAAAAGCAUAGAAACAAAGAAGUAGGCCAUUCAGCCCAUCGAACCUGCUCCAUUGUUCGAUAUAAUCUGAUUGUUCAUUGAGCUCAAUACUCUAAUCCCACUCUCCCCUCGUACCCCAUGAUCCCUUUCACCACAAGAGCUAUAGCUCCCUCCUUCUUGAAAACACAAUAUUUUUGCCUCAACCAUUUUCUGCGACAGUGAAUUCCACAGACUGACCACUCUCUGAGUGAAGAUAUUUCUCCUCAUCUCAUUCCAAAAGGUUUAUCACUUAUUCUUAGACUAUGACUCCAGGACACCCCAGUAUUGGGAACAUCCUUCUUGCAUCUAAUCUGUUCAGUCCUGCCAGAAUUCUAUAGGUUUCUAUGAGAUUCCUCCUUUUUCUAAACUCCAGUGAAUACAAUCCUAACCAACUUAGUCUCUCCUCAAGCAACAGUCCUGCCAUCCCAGGAAUCAUCUGGUAAACCUUCGCUGCAUUCCCUCAGUAGCAAGAACAUCCUUCGUCAAAUCAGGAGAUCAAAACUGCACACAAGACUCCAGGCGUGGUCUCUAGACAUCCCUGCUCCUGGACUAGAAUCCUCUCGCUAUGAAGGCCACCAUAGGGUUUGCCUUCUUGCCUGCCUGCUGCAUCUAGACACUUAGUUUCAGUCAGUAGUGCACAAGGACACCUUGU